AUGUGGACGACGGUGAUAAAGAGAGUGAAAAUUCAGAAACCAAUGAAGGACAAACACAAGAGGAAGAGGAACAACAACAAUAGGAUGACACUGAAGUCAAUGCAGAUGUGGACGUCGGUGUUGAAGAAAGAUGGAGAAGUAAAUGAGGAUGCAUCUAAAAAGUCCGUGAAGGGUACAAAGAAACGUGGAAGAGGAACUAAGGGAAUGAAGAAAGGUGUAACACCCCCACGUGAAGUACAACAACAAGUAGAAGAUGAUGCAGAAGUGGACGUCAGUGCUAAAGAAAUUGAAAAUCCAGAAACCAAUGAAGGAAUGAAAAAAGGUGUAACACCCCCACGUGAAGUACAACAACAAGUAGAAGAUGAUGCAGAAGUGGACGUCGGUGCUAAAGAAAUUGAAAAUCAAGAAACCAAUGAAGAUGGAGAAAUAAAUGAGGAUGCAUCUAAAAAGCCCGUGAAGGGUACAAAGAAAUGUGGAAGAGGAACUAAGGGAAUGAAGAAAGGUGUAAUACCCCCACGUGAAGUACAACAACAUGUAGAAGAUGAUGCAGAAGUGGACGUCGGUGGUAAAGAAAUUGAAAAUCCAGAAACCAAUGAAGGAAUGAAGAAAUGUGUAACACCCCCACGUGAAGUACAACAACAAGUAGAAGAUGAUGCAGAAGUGGACGUCGGUGCUAAAGAAAUUGAAAAUCCAGAAACCAAUGAAGGAAUGAAGAAAGGUGUAACAGCCCCACGUGAAGUACAACAACAAGUAAAAGAUGAUGCAGAAGUCGAUGCUAAAGAAAGUGAAAAUCCAAAAACCAAUGAAGAUGAAGAAGUGAAUGAGGAUGCAUCUAAAAAGCACGUGAAGUUUACAAAGAAACGUGGAAGAGUAACUAAGGAACCUAACAUUGACACCUCCAAUCAAAAAGACAAAAGAAACAAGAAGAUUCAGCUGCUGAUGCGAUAG